AUGAUGAUUCGAAGCUUGAGCCGGCACAACCAUGAUGCCAAGCAUCUCCUCCCCGAGUUCAGCCUCAAAGACAGAGUCAUCAUUGUGUCGGGCGGCGCUCGUGGUGUAGGCCUCACCCAAGCUGAGGCCUUGCUCGAAGCGGGAGCGGUCGUACACGCGCUGGACCGAUUGCCGGCGCCGGGGAAGGACAGCGACUUCUCCCGGGUAGUCGAUCGCGCUAUCUCGGAGCUGAACACCCGUUUGAGCUACCACCGCGUGGACGUCCGCGAUCAACAGCGUCUAGGCGAUAUUGUUGGAAGCAUUGCGGAACGCGAGGGCAGAUUGGAUGGCCUCAUCGCUGCCGCCGGCAUCCAGCAGGUGACACCAGCCCUGGAGUAUACCGCUGAGGAUUGCGAGAAGAUGUUGGCCACCAACGUAACAGGAGUGUUUCUGACCGCACAAGCGGUCGCUCGGGAGAUGAUCAAGAGGAAGCAGAAAGGAAGCAUGGUGCUUAUUGGCAGCAUGAGCGGGACAGUGGCAAACAGGGAGCUAGUUUGCCCUGAUGCCAGCAGCUUCAUGACGGGUGCUGAUCUUAGAAUUGACGGUGGUCACUGCGCCUGAUCGGUGGUCCAAAACCAGAAGGGCUUCUUGGGGUCUUGA